AUGAAAAAAAAACAUAUAACUAAUAAAAUAUGUAAACAAAACAAACAUAUAAAAAUUCUACCAUAUGAAAAGCCAGAUGGUUCAACAACAGGAAUAGGCCGCCCAUGGUAUUCUAAUAUCCCAUUCAAAAAAUGCUGUAGUGAUAUGCCUUCAUAUUCUAAUACUCCAUCUCUAAGCAAUUCGUACAUGCAGAUUUAUCCUUUUUCUCAGCAUAAAAUACUAUCUGCCGAAGAUAAAGAUAAAGAUACGACCUCAAAGGAUAUUACUAUUGAUUAUAUAGACCAAGAAAAAACAGCAGAUUUUUUUACCCAAUAUUUCACCUCCAGUGUUGAGGAUUCUGCAUAUUUUGAAGAUACUUCCAAUUCCAAUCCCGAAAACCAAUGGUUAACUAUCUCAAUAAAUACCAAUACCUCCGCAUACUCGCAUAUAUACAACAACUAUACAUCUAAAAAUUGUAGUAAUUCUCCGAAUGCAAAGGUGCCCUGUAUAGAUAAUUCUGCUAUUAUUGAAUCUACACUUGACAACAGCCCAAAUGGAUAUGCUACUAUGAAUCAUGAUAAUUUUGACAUAUCCAAAACUUUAAGCAGCUGGCAUACAACAAUAGACUCAAAUAAUUUAAAAACCACCCAAGUGAAUUCUACAGCGAAUGAUAAUUAUGCACCAUGCACAGAUAUAUUGUGUAUAGAGCAUACUAAAGAAGAUACUCGAGAGAACUUUUCUAAUAUUAAAAAGUUAGUUAAAAAUACAGUGCUUCCAUGUGGGGCUAUUCUAUUUUUAGGAAUGCUUUUUCAUGAGAUAUAUUAUAAAAAUAUAGUAGGUAUAGUUUUAUUAUAUCUCGAAAUAUUCUUAAGAAUGAUAGUAUCAUACAAUUAG